UUUGCCCCUGUUGUAUAAAGAGUGAGAGCUAGUGAUGUUUGAAUCGGAAGUCCUUUCUGCAUGUUGUCAUUGCAAAACCACCUCCAUGCAGCUAGUGGCCUGUUGGGCAGUGGGAGCACAUUUGGAAACAGUGUGGAAGCUGUUUGUAGUACAAUGAUCUGACUUCCGCUAGGCUAGGUCACUGCUGCAGUGAAGGACCCCAUUUCAUGGACAUGUUUUGCAAGUUUAUUUGAGCUGACAGGCUGAAAUUAGAAAAACAAAAGUGUGUGUAUGUGCGGCUACAGAGGCGAGGAAAAUGUAAUUCUCAAUAUGCAUGCAUGCCUUGUCAAAAAUGCCUCUGGUAAGAGCACAUCUUCUGAGUGAUUUUCAAAGCAGGGAUGGGGGAUCCUGUGGUCCUCCAGAUGUUGCCGGACUGCUGCUCUCACCAUCGUUGACCACUGGCCAUGUUGACUGGGGCUGAUGGGAGAUAGAGUCUACGGUAACAGCAGCAGCAGCAGUAGUUGGAGGGCCAGAGCUCCCCCAGACCUGUUCUGAAACUCAGGGAACUAUCUUGGCCAUUGAACACUUAUCCCUACACUCAAUUUUAUAUUCCUCAGAGCUAUUUCCUCAUCACCAUGUUGUUGUUUUUUGUUUUGAAGGGAGGAAGUGCUUGGGUGAGGCAGUGUCAGUGAGUAUGAGGGUGAGUCAGCCGGUUACAGGAUAUGCAUGUUUCCUGAACCAAAAUGUUAAAUAAAAAAUUAGACAAAAGAGUGGCUAAGCUUAGACUUCCCUGGACUGUUCUGGCUCCAUAUAGCUAGCUGGAAAACCAUCAAACUCCCAAUGGUCAUAUUUUCUGCCUUGUCCUGGUGAAGAUGAUACCUGUCUUGUCUCUGAAUUUUGCUGUGCUUCUCAUCUUCUGGUUGCCUGUGGGGCAUUUCCUUGACACUUGCAAUGUGACUAUCCACCCUGAGGCACCUGUUGUGGAAUUGGGAGGUUCUGUGAAUCUGAACUGCACAACUACGUGUGCUAACUACACCCGGUUGGACUGGGAAGUGUCUGUUGGAGGAGGGCUCCAGAAGGGCGAUGGGUGGCUCUCUAUAAACAUCGCCAAUGUGUCUGAAUGGGAACUUCAGCCUAUAUGCGUAGUUCAAAGAACAGGCUUUGAUCCCUUAGACACCAAUGUGGUCAUCUAUCUUUACCAGUUCUCAACACCAGAUAUCUACCUUACCUCCAAUAUCGUGGCUAAUCACUGGGAGAAAAUUGUAUGCAGCAUCCCAAGUUUGAAAGUGAGAGGUUCCAGCUCCCCAUCUAAUGUCAGCAUCUUCCUGAAAAAGGGCAGUAAUAUCCUGAAGUGGGAGCGCAGCAUCUCUGUGGAGUACAGCUUUUUGGCUAAACCUCAGGAGGAUGGGGAUGUCAUUCUCUGUGAAGCUCACCUCCAGGUGGGCUCAGAAGUACUGCAAAAAAGUGCAAACAGAACCUUGAAGAUUGUGGCCAGUCCAUACAAUGUGAACGUCUCAACAAAUUUCACGGCGUACAAAACCGGUGCCCCCCUUGUGGUGAAGUGCCAUGCAGAGGGAAAGCCCUUUCCAGAGUUUUCAUGGGAUCUCCCCUCCCAGACUGGCGUGGAAUACUCAGAUAGCAAUAAGACCAUCACAAUCCCUUCAGCGCAAAUAUACCAUAAUGGGACUUACCGAUGUCUAGUACAUAAUGUCUAUGGCAAUGGCUCGGCAGAGGUUGACAUUCUGUAUGAAGAGGCGUCUCGCAGUUGGGUUGCAGUCUGGGUAACCGUGUCGUUGUUGGUCUUGGGCAUCUUGGUGAUCUUGGGCAUCAUUUGCUACUAUCAAAAAGGAAGAUGAUCAUUGGGAAAGAAAGUGAGCCUCAAAGAGACUGUUUUUGGCACAGUGGACACGGCUAAAAGAUCCGUUUCUUAGCAAGCUCCCACAGAACCAACAAAGAGAGGGAAUAAUUUACUGUGAUUCAGGACAUGACAGCACUCAGCAGAAACUGGAGGAUACCUGAAAGCACAUGAAUUCCAUUAAUCUGCUACUACAGUAGCUGUAGACAAAAUCAGGGAAUGCUGUUGUGAAGAGCAGAGGUGGAGCUAGCUGCUCAGGCAGUCGGAGCAGCGCACAUGCUGUGCACCAGGGGGCGGAGCAUUCCAACCAGGGGGUGCGAUCCGCGCAGCGGAUCGCCACUGGGGGGGUUUCUCACCCCCCCUCAGGGAUGACACCUGGGGAGAGCAGCCCCCACCGCCCCCCUUCCCACUCCCCUGGUGAACAGCCAAGUACCUUUAGAGCAGCUGGAGUGGAUCUUAGAGCUCUGGCAGAGAGAACACAUAGAAUAUGGUAUCAGGCAUGGAAUUCAGCUAGAAAAGAAUCUUUGUAUUAAUCAUGGGUGAGGGGAUCAAGUUUUCAGCCCUUAUGGAUGUGGAAAACGUCCACUGAAAUCUCAGAAGCUUAGUCUGGUUUGAUUAAAAAUCCCAGCCGUUGUAGGGAGAUCUUCCCUAUGACUAGCAGCACCAGAAUAAAUUAUGCAAAAUAAGAUAAAUUUUGCUCCCCCCCCCAUUUAUGCAUUUAUACAGGUUGCUGAAUCUAACUUUCCUUGGCGCAGAUUGUGGGGUUCAGCAGCCCUUCUCUGCCCACCUUUCUUCCAAUAAAAGCAUUUAUUUGGUUAAAUGUUUCCAACUGGUAUAUAAUGGUAAGCUUAUGUACGAGCCCACAUGCCUAGAUGCUUGAGAAAUGAAUGUUACAGACCUGAAGAGUGAGUACUGAAUGACAAAAGCUUCAGUAUGCCACCCAUACAAACCUCCCUAAGCGAGAUGCCUGCCCUUGAGCUUGGCAACAACAAGUUUUGCCUCUGAAGAAGCCUCAGAGGAGGAGCCACCAGACCCUGUAGAUAAGUAGAUGGUCAAGUUCCUUUAGGCUCAUGAUACCCUUCCCCUUCUUGGAAAAGGGACACCCACGGAACCACUUUCUUUUAAAUGGUGCAAAAAACUGUGGAUGCCUGGCUCCCUCAUGGGGAAUGGUGUGGUGGCUGGAGCACCCAGGGGUCCCCCGCACUCAGCACCUAUGAACCACUGGGUUAGUCUUUCAGGUGCCACAAGAGUCUUGAUUGUUUCAGCUUCCCUUCAGCAAGAGUCUUGAUUGUUUCAGCAAUUACCACAGGGGGGAGCCGUGGGAUUAAAGGAAAACCAGCAUGACUCUAUUUGCUGUAAUCUAGCCACAUGUAAUAUUCAGUGCCUCAGUGUGAAACCUGCCCCCGGCCCCCACCGCCUUCUCCCUCCACCUUGCUUAGGGGCACCUCUUGUACAAAGACUGGAGAGAAAUUUCCUUUGACUUGUGAACAUUUUGUGGGGGGAUUCUCUUUAAACAAAUACAUUUCUUUGGAAAUGAGAAGCAGACAGCCCAGGGUGGCCUGCCAUGAGGCUGGGUGAAGCAGCAGAUCCAGCCUCCCAAGAGUGCACUGCUCACCGCUGCCUCCGCCUGCUCCUCUCGGGCUGCCUCCUCUUCAUGGCUCUCUGCCUUCAGUGGGAUGGGGCUUCCCUGGCUGUGUGGCAAAGGAGGUGUGGCAGCUGGGGGUCGUAAUGGUGGUGGGCUGUGGAGAAGGCAAGGGCUGCAGAGGACGGGGAGGGGAAACUGCAUUUUCUGUUUUGCUGUUAGUGGCAAAAUAAUCUGGGUUGGCCUUGCAGACAGCAUCUGUUUCAGCAGUGUUUCACAACCUUUCUAAACCCAUGCCUGCUUCUUUUAGCUAUUCUAAAAAACCCACGCCCUGUUUCCCCUAAUUAUUUGUUUUGAAUGUUCAAAAGAUUGAACUAUCCACAAGUCCAUGCUUAAGGCAUGGAAAGGAAAAGUAGGCAAACUAUCUCCAUCCCCACUAACCCCCUGCCCUAUCAGCCACAAUUCCAACAUGCAGCGCAAAACCCCAGAUAAAAACCUGGCAAGUCAAAGGCCUACACAUUCUAAAAGACUUCUACAAAACAACAAACCCAUAUCAACACAAGAAAUACAAGACAAAGUAGGGGACACCCAAAUACCUUGGCUAACACAUCGUCAACUACAGGCCUUCUUAAACAAUCCAGCGGUAAAAUCAGCAGCCACUAGGCCCUUGACCACCUUUGAAAAACCUUCUCCCAGCAGCAGAGGGACACGGCAAAGGAAUGGUAUCCACAAUAUACAAAAUACUGCUCAAAAUCCCCCUUGACGCGGUCAAAGAACAAUGGGAGCACAACAUGAGGUAUGAAAUUAAAUCCACCCAAUGGACUAGAAUGUGGUCUAAACCUCCCUUUAAGUCCAUAUCGGCCAAAAGAAGGGAACUCACUCAGAAACUCACCUAUGGGUGGUACUCAACACCACAGAAACUGGCGCUGAUACACCCAGGAACCUCAUCAAGAUGUUGGAGAGGCUGCACCUCCACAGGCACAUACAUACCUCCAGACGUGGUGGGAAUGCCCCCAAAUCCAACCCUUCUAGACAGCAGCCCUACAAGAGAUAUGCAAAACAACUAAACAGGUAUUAGAACUCACCCCAGAACUGGCCCUGCGGAACAUCUUCCAAGAUCAGAAUGACCGCUCAUAUUAUACAGAGCUUAUAACCCACCUUCUCUCAGCAGCCAGACGCCUCAAAGCCAGACACUGGAGAGACCUGUCAGGAAUAAACAUGAAACACUGGUACCAAAUUGUAUGGAAAACAGCCUUACUAGAAAAGCUAACCAACAGACUGAAACUGACAUGGGGACAAAUAGAAGAGGACGCCUUCACCCCAGUAUGGUUCCCCAUUAUCACACAGCCCAACAAGACAAUGACAAGAACCCACGGAUAGCAUCCAAAUCAUUCUGGCUAAUUUGACUCAACAAGCCCUCUCCCCCUCACAAAUG